AUCUCGUAAUUAUAAUAAAUAUCAGUGAUUUAAAUAUUAAAGAAAACAUGAAGAAGUGCAUCAUACCGGAUUGUGAGCGCGAUGAAUCAAGUACCAUACAUAGAUUUCCUACUAAGUCGAUUUUACGUGAUCGCUGGGUGUAUUCCAUAAAUAAGGCUUUGGGAUAUGAUCUGUCCGAAAUCUAUCCUAAUUUCGAACUGGGGCGCAUUUGUUCAAAACAUUUCAAUCCGGAUUGUUUCUCCCCGUACGGAGUUAAAGCCAGAUUGCAGAACACGGCAGUUCCAACUAUCUUCUACGACAGCUACGGGAAUGGAUUCGAAGUUAAGCUAGAUGCUAUCCCGUUUGCCAAAGUUACUGAGGAAAACGAUGGACUGCCUCCAAAACAGUUGCUUCACUGUGCCGUACAAGGAUGUGAGAAUCAGAAUGACACAUAUUCACGUAACGUUACGUCGCAUAUGUUCCCGUUGGAGGUGGAAGAUUGUAAAGCAUGGGUACAAUUUACUAAUAACAGACACGCAAACAAGCAGUUUGCCAUGUUCGGUCCGGCUGGUGUUCGGAAGUGGCGCAUGUGCUCUCGACAUUUUGAAGGCCACUGGAUUAAGUUCAAAAGUAAUGGCAAUUCGUACACCUUAAAACCGGGUGCUGUACCGAGCUUAGCCCCUCCGCUUAGUAGGAUAUGUCCAAUGGCAAUGGGUCAAUGUUUGGCACACAGCAACGCUCUGGCCAAGCCACUCGAGAAACAGUAUCCUCCAUCCGUUUUGAAUGCUAGACAGAAUACACGGAGUUUGGUAAAUAGCAAACCACCCCUGUGGGUUCCUCGCAAGUCGCAUUCACAACAGACGGAAGACGGCAAUUUCAUGCCUCCACCUACGCCUCUGCCGUUGAAGUAUUAUGACGCUUGCCGGCUUUGUUUUACCAGCGAGGAUCUUGAACCGCUUUACUCCGGUUUGAUCGUGGUACGCGACGAAAUGCUUGACCGAAUUUACCUGUGCACCGGCAUUCUUAUCGUACCGAAACCGAAAGAAUCGGCUUACAUUUGUACACGUUGUGCAGAAACGAUUGACACAUUUUUUAACUACCGACAGCAAGUGAGUAGUAAUAAUUCCUCGUACCUUGAGAGAAUAGCGGCGGAUAGUGGGGUCCCCAAAAAGUCCUCUUUUAAAAUCUACAGGCAUGCGCGAAAACGUCGGAACAACAAUACCAUUCCAACAGAAAUACCAUCAAAAAUCGGACAUUCUGAAGCUCUUGAGGUUGAGUUUCUUGAGGAAGAUUCUGUGCCGAGGCCCCCUCCGGAACUGAUACCAAAUCCGCUUGAUUGUGAGCCAGAAAUCAAGCUAGAGCUAGAUGAUAUGACGGACGUUACCUUCCUCGAUGCAGAUCAUGUUCAGCUGAAUAUGACCGUGGAAUGUGACAGAGAAGUAAAAGUCGAGAGUCCAAUCGUCCAAGUAGACCAUUUUGCCGAAGGCCUGCCAGAAGAGGAAAGCUGGAUCUGCCAACAUUGCAGUGAAAUGUUCGUCUUUAAAUUCGAAUGUGCUAAACAUCUGCUGCAAAAACACCGGGAGAAAGUGGAAGUUAUCAAUAAUCUGCUUAAACUGGAUGAACUCAAUGUCCACAUGCUCGAGAUGAUGAGUGAACAGUAUUUAAUGGUUGAUAAUGGUGAUUUACGAGUGAAUUAA